AUGGAGGCAUCAUAUAGCAGUAAUGCCGAUCGUUUGCAGUACCUUUACCUGAACCUGGUCGGUCAUGUGGUUCAGGUUCGCUUGGUUGAUGGUACAUGUGUGGAGGGAUUAUUUAUGUCUCGCUCAGAUGUGGAUGGGGAAGGAGACUCAUCUAUUAUGCUCUGCUGCACUCGAUAUGUUUCCUCCGCAAAGCAUAAACCGCUUGACCCUUCGUGUGUGGAGUUCGAAAAGGACACAAUUAUCCCAUAUAGGGACAUAGUAAUGGUGGAAGCGCAGAACGUGAAAAUUCGUACAGAGGCACCUGGAAGAGUGGAUGAACGCCAUGGUGAUCUUUCCAUGAACAAGUUUGAUUGGGCCGAUGAUGGCGCUAAUGAGUUGCUGGAUAAUGAUACACUUCCGACUGGAUCAUGGGAUCAGUUUGAGGUGAAUGAGAAGGCCUUUGGGGUGAAGACCACCUACAAGGAGGAACUCUAUACAACUCGCUUGGACCACAGCAAAAUCACAGAGGAACAACGUGCCCAUGCUGAUCGUGUGGCUCGUGAAAUUGAAGUUUCAACCACACGAGGUAUUGCACAUCGCAUGGAACGUGAAGAGUUCUUAAAGGAUGAUGAAGGACGAGAUGAAGGAACUCUUUACUCUGAUGUACAACGUCCUCAGAAAGAGGAAAAGACUGCCUAUGCUCCUCCUACCGGACCAAGAGGAAAGAGAGGUAAUGAGAUGCAACAAGCACCACCACCACCUCCUCAAGCAGCCGCAGCUGCAGUGGCUCCAGCCGUAAAUGCAGCAACCGCCACUGGAGCGGGAGCCGCAUCUCUUGCGGAGGAAAACGCCAUGCGUCAUAAGAGAGCUGAGGAGGAGAAACUUUCCUUGCCUCAUGAUAAUCAUCCAAGAUCUCCUGGAUUUAACCCAGCAGCAACACCUUAUACACCUAUGAAACCUGGUGGUUCCGCUACCGUUCCUGCAGUGGAUUUCCUUACAGCCUUGGCAAAUGCUGUUUCUAACAAUGACUUGUGCUUCACCUCUCCCUCAAAUUGGCCAGGAGGUGCAUCCACGUACUACGAUCAGGAUGAUUCCUCUUACUCGCAGCAUAGCUACGAAACGAUGGCUGCUCCAGGCGCGGGGCCUGCACAACCAAUGUUCAUGGGUCAACAGCCGCCUGUGCCCCCACACCAUAGAAGCUACCAGAACGCUGGGACGAGGAUGAAUCCAAAUCCACAAAUGCCAAUGCACCACAUGCACGCCCAGCAAUUCCACCAGCAACACCAUCAACACCACCAACACCAUCAAGCACAGCAACAACAACAAUUUCAUGGAUUUGGUAAUUACGUCCCUCCACAGCACCACACCCCGCCUAUGCAGGACUACGGCCCCUCAAGAGGCGGCCCCACACCUUCCAUGCGCAAUCAAAUGCGGCCGCAGAAAAACAACGUUGCCCCACGCCCAGAGCCGCAGCAGCCGGUGAGCACAAACACCGCCGUUGCCCCACCGCCGCUCCCCGCCGUUGAGAGCGCCCCGCCCCCCGCAGCCGAAGUGCGUCCAACAACAAAGUUGCAGCGCGGCCGCGGGGCUGCGGCGGUGCAGCGGGGCGACGUGGACGGCGGCGCGGAAUCAGGCGGCGGUGGCGGAGUUACUGUCGCAUCAAAGAAACGCGGCGGAAAGUAA